AUGAUUCGUUCGUACCGUUCGUUCCGUGCAAAUCUUGCAAGUGCGAAGGCAUCCGGCCUGCCGUACGUCAUCGUCCCAAUUACCAAUUACCAGAUUUUCUGGAUCUUCACCGGCAAAUUCUUCCUCGCUGUGCUUUGCAGACUACCGGAAACCUGGACGGCGUCAUGGAUCGACUUUCUGAAAGUUGGCUGGUCUUCCCGUCUUUUCCACCAGCCCUUCAAAAACUUCGGAUGUGAUGCGUUCCUCACCGUAUCUCCGUUCUCGAACGUCCUUUGGAUUUGUGACGCGGCUGCCAUCACUCAGAUCACCUCUCGAACGGAGGACUUUGAGAAGCCGUCGAUCAUGAAGAAGAUACUCGACAUCUUUGGUGAAAAUAUCUUCACGUCUGGAGGACAGGAUUGGAAGAGGCACCGGAAAGUCAUGUCGCCCGUAUUUGCGGAGAGGCACAACUACGUCAUAUGGGAUGAGAGCAUACGUCAGGCUUCGCACUUGAGAAGAUAUCUGCUUAACAGACAAAAGAGUGAGGGCGGCAUAAUUGAUGACAUGGCGGUUGAGUUGCACAGGCUCAGUCUGCACGUGAUCUGUCGCACUGUGUAUGGCGUGCCUCUGUAUGAAACCCCCAUCGCAUUGGCGCUAUCACCACGGCCUGGAGACAAGACUCUUGACAGCACUUGUGGCCUUCGGAGCAGACAUUCUAGAAAUGCACACUUGCUAGGCUUUGGGAAUGCAUUGAAUGGAGUGCUGGACAACUUGGCUAGUAUAGCCGUAUGUAGCCAGAGGCUUCUCGCAAUCUCACCGUCAAGAAGCCACCGCUUCGCGUACCAAGCCUACACGGAAUUCUUCACGUACAUCUCUACCAUCACUCGCUCAAAGACUGUAGCUGUAGCCGCCGAGAGAGGACCACAAGAGAUGGAUCUGUUAGAGGCUCUGACAAGCAGCAAUCGCAACUUAACAGACGAUGCGUCAAGUGGUCCCUCGCGUUCCAUCCUCUCAGAUACAGAAAUCACAGGCAACACCUUCCUACUCAUUGUGGCUGGCCAUGAGACCACCGCCCAAGCAAUGUAUCAACUGCUCUCUUUGCUUGCUAUACACCCUUCCAUUCAGAGAGAGAUUCAGAAAUCGCUGGACAAACAUCGCCGCAGCGAACUGGCCUCUCCGUCCGGAGACCCGUCUCGCAUCUCAAACUCCGCUAGCGCGGCACUACUCGAGAGCCUUAGGCUCUUUCCACCAGUGGCCAACCUCCCCAGGCGCACUGUCCGACCGCAGAGCUUGCAGCUUGGAGAUGGCCGCACGGUGACCGUGCCCGCAGACACGGAAGUCAAUAUCACCAUUGGGACUGCGCAUCGCAAUUCGAAUCAGUGGACUCGGUACGAAUUGGAUGAUGCCGACGACUUGCACGGAUUCAAGCCGCGUCGCUGGAUGAGAUCUGACGGAACGAAGGAUAACAGUGUCGACGGUGGAAAUUUUACGGAUGCUCGGGCAGGAGAGCACAGAGGGUCGGGAUAUCGGAAGCCACAGAGAGGCGCUUUCCUUCCCUUUGGCGAGGGUGUGAGAGCUUGUCCCGGUCGUCGCUUCGCGAACACAGAGGUCAUGGCUGUGUUGACCGUGCUGUUGUCGGAGCACAGCAUCGAGCUUGCGGUGCCCGAGCUGGAUGAAGCCGGGCUGAAAGCGCUGAGCGGUAAAGAGAGGAAGACGGCGUGGCUGCAGGCAAGGGACAGGGCGAUGGCAACGCUUAACGCAACCAAGGGGCUUGCUCUCAAGCUUGGUACGGAGGAGGUUGUACCUGUCAAGCUCGUUGAGAGGGGCAAGGAGACCAUCUACGAUUUCUAA